UUUCAAGACGGCCCCUAACCCAUUGUCGCACCGUCUCAUGUCCAGAUGGAGCUUAACUCUGAUCCCCAACAGCGAUUUUGGUUAAAAUGAUACCGUGAUUACUUUCCUACAUUUCCGGAACUCUGAAUUUCUUCCUGUUUACAUAUAGUUAGGUUUCGUUUGUGACUUCAUCUGCUUAAACCUGCUGCGAAUGUAACAAACUACAUUAACGUCUCUUCUUGCUGGCUUGCUUUGCACGCUUAACAUCCGUGUAUCUGUUCAGUCUGACAUGAAAAGAAACGGCGCUUAUAAGUUUUUGUCAGUAUUCUCAUGCUUCAUCGUUUGUGUCUUCUUGUUUUUAUUUUGGUUCUUCAUAUUUUACUCAAUGAUACAAGCACCAUAAGGUACAGAGCUUGACUUCUUUAGCAGCUAAGCUAGCACGCUGGCGACUGACCCACAGUGCAUUGCUGUAUUGAGUCCCGCGAUCAUAUGAUCAACUUAACCAGGAAGUAAGGAUUUCUGCUUGUUGUACUUGGCUGUGAAGUUGUGAUGGCAUCUGACACCAGUGAAGCAGCGGCUUCGAAGGCGGAACUCAAGCUGCAGUUUGCUCCUUUCAGCAGUGCUUUGGAGGCAGGCUUCUGGCACCAGCUUACUCAGAAGAAACUCAAUGACUACAGAUUGGAUGAGAGCCCCAAAUGUAUCAAAGCAUAUUACUACAAUGGUGACCCACUUGGUUUGCCCACUCGCCUUACAUUGGAGUUCAGCGCAUUUGAGGUGGAUGGUCCGACACCAGCCCGUUGCUGUCCAGCUAUUGGAAUGCUGUAUAACACCAACACACUUGAUGCCUUUAAGACCACUGAUAAGAAAGCUCUGCUGGAGAAAGAAGCCAAGGAGAUAUGGGACGCUAUACAGUCUGGAGCUGCAGUGCAGGACCCAUCCAUCCUUUGCAGAUUCGUUCUGCUGACCUUUGCUGAUUUGAAGAAGUACCAUUUCUACUACUGGUUUUGCUUCCCUGCGCUCUGUUUCCCAGAGGGAAUAAAGAUUGUCCAACAGCCUUCUGUUCUCGAACAAGUUUUCUCAGCAAAACAGAUCACAGCCUUGCAGGAGGCCUAUGAUGACCUGUGUAUCAAUAAAGGUAUCACUGCAGUUCCUUACUUCCUCAUGAAGUACACUGAUGACACGGUUCAGAUGGCUCCACUCGGGGACUGGGAUACGUUCUUCACUGACACUGAGAAGGUUACUGUGGGUGUCUAUGAUCCAUGUACUCUGUCUCAACAUCCAGGCUGGCCUCUGAGAAAUCUGCUGGUCCUCUUAGCUCACCGAUGGGGCUCUAAGCUGGACACUGUGGAGGUAUUGUGUUUCAGGGACAGAACUCUCCAGGGAAAACGCUCCAUUCAACACAGUCUCAUCUUCCAGAUCAAACUCCCUAAUCUUCCCCUAAACUCAGCAUGUCCUAAGAGUGUUGGUUGGGAGAAGAAUCCGAAGGGGGCCAUGGGACCCAGGAUGGUCAACCUCAGUGAAUGCAUGGACCCUAAAAGGCUUGCAGAGUCUUCAGUGGAUCUGAACCUGAAGCUAAUGAGAUGGAGACUGGUUCCUUCCUUGGACCUGGACAAGGUGGUCAGCACAAAGUGUCUUCUACUGGGAGCCGGAACUCUGGGCUGCAAUGUAGCCAGGACUCUCAUGGGAUGGGGAGUGAGACACAUCACAUUUGUAGACAACGCCAAGAUCUCAUACUCCAACCCAGUGCGACAGCCGCUCUAUGAGUUUGAGGACUGUCUUGGAGGAGGGAAGUCCAAGGCCAUGGCAGCUGUAGAUAGACUCAGCAAAAUCUUUCCUGGUGUGAAUGCAGAGGGUUACAAUAUGAGCAUCCCCAUGCCUGGCCACCCAGUGAAUUUCUCUCAGGCCACUCUUUCCCAGGCCCAGAGAGACGUCGAGCAGCUGGAGAAGCUCAUUUCAGAACACGACGUGGUCUUCUUACUAAUGGAUACGAGGGAGAGCCGCUGGCUGCCUACAGUGAUAGCUGCCAGCAAGAGGAAGCUUGUGGUGAAUGCUGCUCUAGGCUUUGACACAUUCGUUGUGAUGCGCCACGGCCUGAAGAAACCCCCCGUCAGUCAGAGUGUUCAUACGGGUCCAGACUCCUCUCCUUCCUGUUCUUCUGCUUCCUCUUCAUCCUCCACGCCGGCCAGCUCUGUGCCCUCUAUCCCAGGAUCCUCUCUGUUCUCCAACAUCCCAGGGCACAAGCUGGGCUGCUACUUCUGCAAUGACGUUGUGGCACCAGGAGAUUCGACCAGAGACCGGACUCUGGAUCAGCAGUGCACAGUCAGCAGACCAGGCCUGGCCAUGAUUGCCGGAGCCCUGGCUGUUGAGAUGAUGGUGUCCAUUCUACAACACAGUGAAGGAGGCUAUGCAGUGGCCAGCAGCAGUGAUGACAGAAUGAAUGAACCUCCCACUUCUUUGGGUUUAGUGCCACAUCAGAUCCGAGGCUUUCUUUCGAGGUUCGACAAUGUCCUGCCUGCCAGCCUGGCAUUUGAUAAAUGCACUGCCUGCUCACCUAUUGUCCUGGACCAUUAUGAGAGAGAAGGUUUCAACUUCCUGUCCAAGGUUUUUAAUUCUUCCCACUCAUUCCUGGAGGACCUGACAGGGCUGACACUGUUGCACCAAGAGACACAGGCUGCAGAGAUUUGGGAUAUGAGUGAUGAUGAAAGCAUCUGAAGAACUGGAGGAACAAACCCUGAGCCUGUGAAGGACUGCACACUCCAUUUAAUGUUUCUUUCAGUUACCUUUUUCUUUUUUUUUUUUAAGGAAUCCUACAUUUACAAAGGUCAGGGACAAAGGCUUUGUGGACAGCAGCAGGCACAGCUAUAAAAUGCUCAUAAUCAAAAGCUUGUCACAAAACCUUCAGAAAAGUAGGCGGAAAGCAUUACAAACCUUAUUAUUCUUAAUUUGGAUUCAACCAAUACAAUAAGAAUAACAAAGAAAGAAUCUGAUUAUUCAGUAAAUGUCUGUCUUUCACUGUUACGUUAGAAACAAGUUGAUUUUCCGCAGUGUGUGUAUGAAGAUGUUGUUCACAAGGGAGAAAGUACCUGUUCCUGUCACUUGGUGAUGUGUAAUCAGUCACAUUUACUCAGUAUCUGGAGUCAGCUCAGUUCCCCGAACAAAAACACGGCGGCACGCUCUGAACACUCAAUCCCUGGAAACAUUCGGCCCCUCCCACUGUCUGUCCAUCAACGCAAUUAACUGCCUUUUAGAAGAGUACGUUGGCAAGACAGUAGUUUAUGGUUUACUACAUCUGUUUGCUCAUUCAGUUAGGAAAAGAGCUUCAGAAAAACGCAGAAAUAACUUGGAGAAUCCAUCCAUCCCGUCUGUUUACUGCGAUAUAUGCAGUACAGUGCACACAGAUUUUACUGGACAGCAUCUAAAUUAUGUCUUCUGAUAUUUACUGUUACUGUAGGACACUUUAAUUGAAAGAGCCUACGGAGAAACUGAAGGUCUUAAUGCUUUGUUUAUGCUGAUGCAUGCUUGUGUUUGUGUCAUUUGUUGCUUUUCUUGACUGCACUGCUAACAUGUACAAUAUUUUGACUGUAAUGAAAUGGAAAGUUCAGCAUUCCACUUGGAUAUUUGUGGCAGAGGAUUAGUGCAAAGUAGAUCUUACAUUCAUGAAUGCCUGAAUCCAAAACAAACAGAACUCAGACCUUAUCCUCAAAGUUGAGAUUAAA